UGGGUGAACGGGACGAGGCUAUCUCUGCCUUCUACUGUAGACGACAGCGCUAUUGGAAUAGCGGGUGGCACUGGAAGCAGCUUUGCACGCAAUCUUCCCACUGGGUUUUAUUUCUCGAUAUAUCCGCAGUUGUUGGGGUCGAAAUCGACCUGUGAUUUCGAUUUAUUUUUUCGAUACACUUGAAUGUUUAGUAUUUUGUAUUAGCCUACCUGCAAGCAAUAAUAACCCAGGACCAGGUUUAGUGAUUUUCUUGACAGCUGAAGGAUUUUUUUGACAGCUGAAGGAAGACGAGAUGGAUAAAAUAGUGUCCAGACAUCUCCCGGUGAAUCCAAGGUUUCUACCUACGUCGAAUCACUGCGUAUUGAAGUCUCUACUGGAGAACCCCAUGAAGCUACCCCUCCUCCAACAACAUGAACAACAACAUGAAGGAUUUGAGAAGGAGCGAGAGAAGGAGAAGAAUUUGGAUGAGGAGAGGAGUGCCCCACAGUCAGCCUUCCUGGGGCCCACGCUGUGGAACAAGACUCUCCCCUACGAUGGAGACAACUUCCAGCUGGAGUACAUGGAUCUGGACGAGUUCCUGUCGGAAAACGGCCUUCCCUCUGAACUCGCCGUCUCCACCCACCACGACCAGCACCAAUCACAGUCCCAGCACCAGACUUCAAUCAUGUCACAAGCCCUGCCCACUCCGUCGCCCUCUGUGAUCGACCUUAGCAACCAUGCCAGCGCUUCGACGUCGGUACACACAAGCAUGGGCGCACAGAACUGUCUCCCUAGCCUCACCAGAGCAGCCCUGCCGUCCAGAAACACUCCCAGCCCCAUCGACCCAGAGUCCAUCCAGGUGCCAGUGAGCUAUGUGCCUGACCCUGCUGACUUGGUUUUGUCCAGCGUACCUGGGCAGGAUAUGUUCGACCCCCGUAAACGCAAGUUCGCCCCCGAGGAGCUCAAACCACAGCCCAUGUUCAAGAAGGCCCGCAAGGUGUUAUUCCCCGACGACAUGAAGGAUGACAGGUAUUGGGUGAGGCGUAAGAAGAACAAUGUGGCUGCCAAGAGGUCACGGGACGCCCGUCGACUCAAAGAGAACCAGAUCGCCAUCCGAGCGGGUUUCCUUGAGAAGGAGAACUCCGCCCUGAGGAUGGAGGUGGCCGAUCUGAGGAGAGAGCUGGGGCGUACCAAGAACAUAGUGGCCAAGUACCAGGCCACACACAGACCUCUGUAAUGGGACUGAGACAGAAUACACUCACACAUACACACAGACACACAGCCCUGUUGCCCAGGCCCUCAUUCAUCCCUGAACACCCCCUGAAACAUGAGGCUGAGUGGCUGAGCUUACACCUGUCUGAGACCUCCACCCGAUCCAUGUCCUCCGCUCCCUCCCUGCCCCAAAACUGCCCCCACCCACACACAACCUAGGAACUGCCUCCUACCAUCUCACAACUCGUAUCAAGAGAUUGAAGGACAAUAUGAUUUAGGCUCAGUAGCACAUUUCUACUCAUUUUCUAUACCAUAUAUCUCACCCUCAUACAUGUCUCUCUGAGAUUGGCACUUGUGAGGGAAAGCAGGUAGCUUUCUGUACAGUCUAUGAGUAAGAAACUGAAUUUUAUUUCUGGUCGUGUGUUUUUCAUUUGGUCUGAUGUAAUGUAUCUGUCCACACAUGGCUAGUGUCUAUUUUGUGUUAUUUUCCAAAUUUUUCAUGGCUUUUUCUACUGUGGGGUUUGAUUUUCUUAUGAAUAUUUACAUUUUAGUCAUUUAGCAGACGCUCUUAUCCAGAGCGACUUAUAGUUAGUGAGUGCAUACAUUUUCAUACAGCCCCCUGUGGGAAACGAACCCACAACCCUGGCGUUGCAAGCACCAUGCUCUACCAACUGAGGAUGUAUGUAUGUUGAAUCUUAUGUUACCUACCCUCCUCCCACUCCCUCUUGAUCCAUAAUAUAUUUUAUUGUCUGUGAAUGAUCUUGUGUUUAUGGUUGUACUGGUUUUCUAUGGUUUCCAAACUGUAAAUGUAGGUUAUGUCAGUUGAGAUGUCUCCACUGAUGUUAACCUGUCCCACUUUAUCCCUCUGUUUUGUUCUCCAUCAGAUAAGCUGUUUGUAAUGUGUAAACAAUCACUGCACUGCUCACACUUUAAAACCUCUCCCAUGCCUACAUACUGCUAGCCUGGGUACCCGACUGUUUCUGCAUUAAGUAACUCUACGUUGUUGCCUUAGUGAGGCAGACCGGCAGCCAGGCUACUAUGAUGUCAGCUUCAUGUUCCUCUUAUAGCAGUGUUAUGUAUAGCAAAGGUUUCUUUCUAGUUCCUUGUCACCAGAUCGCUCUGUUGUACAGAACAACUUUGGGAAGCUAAAGCAAUAAGGCAGUAUAAGCUCUUGGUCUCCUCUCUACCAAGCCCACUGUCACAGACGCGCAUGAAACUGCCCUCUUUAUUUCAGCACAUGCCCAAUUUGUAAUGACUUCUAUUAUUUGAUAUUAUAUUUAUGUCUUUACAUAAACUAGCAUGUUUCUAUUUGUUGUUCAAGCAUUCAGAUGUGAACGUUAUCAGCAUCUGUGCAGUAGGCAAUAGUUUUCAUUGUUUUAUUUUUAUUUUCUCAAGCAUGACAGGUUCUUGUAUGUACGGUGUACGGUGUCCAUUUUAGGACAGCUUCUCAGUCCUACUGAGAUUCCUGCUGAGACUGUCCUAAUAUGGACACCGUACAGAUGCUCUCCCCAUGACCCAAUGAGAGAUGAAUGUAACAGAUUUACUACUGUGUAUAACAAACUAACACACCUUACGUUGGGUGAAUGAAUGAAUGAUGUUGCCUAUACAGUACUGUGGAAUAUACCUUUUAAUAUAUCUCUUUACUACAGACCAAAAGAUUACAGUAUAGAAAAGAUAUAUUAAUAUAUUAAAUGUUUUACUGUUUAUACAAAGAUA